AUGUCUCAUACGUCUGCGUCAUCCACUCAUGAUGGACUGGAACAAGCCUGUAUGACAGUGUUAGCUUCACAUCUAAACGUUUCCAUCGCAGAGGAGAGAGAAAUCAGUCCCGAAGCUCCAGUCCUCAAACUUGUUGAUGCCGUCCUCCAUUCCGAGUUACCGAUCAAAGACCGAAACCCCAUUGAGCUUAUCGUGAUCCUGCAACAAAAGAAAGAGAGCAUUACGCCCGAGCUCAAUCAGAUCCUUUCGCGUUGUUUGGCUUACGUGCUACUCCGUUCAAAUAGCCAGGCCGCUGAGGAAACUGCGCUCUUUUUUCUGCGGGAUACAUCCCGGUUUGCCAAAAAUACGGAAUCCGAGGAUUCUGGGUGCAGGCCCCCAAAAGAGGGACAAUACUGGGGCUCACUCAAUCGUCUAGCCCGAGAUACUCCAGAAUGGCGUUCGAAAGAUCGUACGGAAAUCUCUCAGCACAGAAGAGAGUUGGAUCUACUCCAACAUAUGUUGAAUGAUGCACUUCACGGCCUGUUUGUUGAUGAAAGGAAGGGCCUUCGACUUCGAGUUUUGGCAGGGAAAUGCCUAGCAGAGGCAGUUUUGGAAACGCAAUUCGAUCUGCCUGCGCCUAUUUCUAAUGAAGCGACUUUCACCGGCGUUGCCCCUAUGUUGUCCUUUGGGACUGACGUCGUUCUAAGAUUUUUCGCAAGUCUUAUUGUUCAGAUCCUCGCCGUAAAUGAUAUUGUUGUGUGGCCGCUUGAUAACACAAAGCACAGGAGCAUGUUUUUCAAGCAUUUAUAUGAUAAUACUGAAGAUCCAGUACGAUCCUUUUAUUCCUAUUCAAACGAGGUUGACAAACCUGGAAUGAACAACGUUAAUGUUACUGCACCUACUUGCUACCUCCUUCACUCUAUCAAUAUCAAUGACACUAUCACUGCCAGAGGCAGCGCCCUUGCUGUCUUUAGGGGCACAUAUCUAAUAUUUGUGUGCUCUGUGGAGCACAGGUCAAAGAAGUCCUUCGAAUACGUUGAAGUUCCCCUGGAGUUCGUGCAGCGGCCUACCUACACUGAAGACCAAGGUAUUCGGCUGCAAUUCAAAAAAGAAAGUUUGAUAUUCAUAAAUGCUAAAGGCCAUCAUUUGGACGGAGGAAGAAUAGAGCUGUACUCCGACAAUGAUCUAACGGCACUACAUUCAGAAAUUGAGAAUGUCUACAAAAAAUUAAAGUCACUGAAGUUCGGUCCAGUCGUUCGAAGGUCAUCAUCGCUCGCGGUGUCUUUGGAUACUGCAGAGGAAUUAGGUCGACAGCACGAUAAAUACAUCCAAACCAAGGCGCCUGUCCACGGCGAUAAUGCGAUACAGGUACCAGAAAGUCCCGGUCCAAAUGAAAGGAUCGACUGUACUAUGACACAGGGCAACCUAGAGAUCGAGGAUUCUGUCUCCGGAGUAGUCUCAAAUGAACCUUUAAGUGAACCAACCGAGUCACGAGGAGUGCCGCUGUGCAGUCUGACUGGAACAGGGAGCCAACUUGAGCAGGCUAUGUCUGGCCAAAAUAUACAUAGCAAGUCGGCCGGCAGUGUCCAAGCCCGGGGAACUGACACACAAGAGUCAUUGAUAUUUCCCCUGCGGCGGACAGGGAAGAAAGUAUACUCAGCAGUUUCAAAAGCUGUCCUACACCAGUGUGAAAAUCCUCGGUUAAGCGACGUUACCGACAAAGGCAGUCUCAAGUAUAUUGAACUUGCAUCAACGUCCUUAGCAAAUAAUAUAAUGAAAAGAAAGCGGGGGAUAAGUCUAUCCCAUUUGCCGUCUCCAAAAAGCAAAAAAAUUUCAGAGAAUAGUGAUCCUACUAUUGGUUUCCACGAGGCCAACGUCGAGUUGGUUCAAGGGGACAGCCGUGAAAGUCUUAAAGGAAGGGGGCGAUUAAUAGGGCAGAAGCUUGCUGCAGCUUUCCAGAAAGCCGACAUCUCACAGGGUACCGAACGAGAUAACCAAGGAACAGAGGAAGCAGACACCCCUGGCAGCCAAAUGGGUAGUAUUGGCGAGGGCGAAGACGAACAUAGUCUUAUCCGAGAAAGCUUAGGUCAAGAGAAUUUAGACGAAAUUAAGAGGGGAACCUUUGCGGCGUCGGGACUGCCGCCAGUUGAUACACAGAAAGACACGGUCCAGGUUCCCGAGCGCCCCAAAAUAACCCCCAAAACGUCUAUAGUGGAUACGAAUGGAAGCCCGCGACUUGUGACUUGGACAAAGCAUGAUAAUAUAGUCUCGAGCAAGAACCAGCCGCGCAUAGGUCAAAAUCAGGGAUCAGAUAUCGAACAGAAUCAAACUUCCAGUGAUCAAGACGAGUCUGGGUAUGAUGCUGGCACAGAGAACUCUGAAGGGGGUUCCGACGGAGAGAAUAUAUCUUAUCUGCCAGCUUCUGGCCAAAAGCAUGGGACUUUUUCAAGCCGAGAAUCCCCACGUAUCAACUCCGAAAUGGACCCAGCGCUUACGAAACGAUUUCCCAGGCCUGCGGGAGGCUCUUAUUCUACACAUUCCGAUCCUCAACAGAGUGCCACCCAUAAGGCUACCCUGAGGCGGACCCCUGGUCUAGGGAAGAACAGUAGCAAAGGAAACGAGAGGCAAAAGACACCAGGGCACCCAUCAAGAGAAUUGUCGGCUGGCUAUAAGAGUGCAGGCUUGACAGACUCGAAGGUUCCUAUCGAUGAAGCCCCAGGAGAUGUCCGUCAAGCCAGGCCAGUCCUGAAUAAUACAAUGCAAUUGUUGACGCAAGCCAAUGAGAAUCUGAUCCAGCAAUUGAAGAAAGAAAAGGAUGCAGCAAACAAAUUAUUCGGAAUGUGUUGCGAGGAAUAUAGUCGAGCCCUUGACGGACUCCUCAAGACGCAGGAAGAGCGAGUCCGGCAAUUUGAAGAGCUCAUAAAUUCUAUCAGUCAGCAGCAUGUACGCAUGUGUGAGGGGCUGAUCCAUCGGCUCCGAGAAAACGAGCAGCGCGUCCGACUGAGGGCAUCCUUGUAUCGGACACAUGAUUCGGAGCGACAGGGAUAA